CAGCCGUUGUCAUAGCAACCGACUUGUUUACGUUGUAUACAAGGGUCGAGUCAUAUGUUUUCUGGACACGGUGUGUGUCAAAAGUGUGUGACAUAAUAUACAUUCAAACAUAAAAUGGAAAUAAUAGUCGAACCGAACAAUGGAGAGAAAGUAAUUAAAAAGUUGUAUCAGCAAAAAGCGCCCGUCAACGGCCUUAUUUUAGGCGUGAUACAGAAGAAAGAUGUCAAGAUUAGGGGGUGUGCAAGAGAUACAAAAAGAUUCCUGCAGUGUUGUUUUAACAAUCAAGGAAAUUUGUUCGCGUGUCGAAGCAACACAGGCGAUAUUUACGUGGUGGAUUUAUUUUUGAACACUUACUGGUUUUUGGGCAACGCUGAAAGCCCGACUUUGAUUAAAUUUUCGAGAAGCAAGGAGAACGAACUUUACGUCGCAAAUAAAUGCGGCGAAAUCAACGUGAUCAACGUAAACGGUGGAAACGUGAUUGCCAGUCUUAUAGGACACAGAAACCCCAUAAAAUUCAUAUCGUUUUCGAGCGAAUUUUACUGCGUGACCACCUCCGAUAGCGAAGGUAUCAUCUGGGAUUUACGCGACAACACAAAAGUACAAAUACUCAACUUAAACAAAGGCUUCAACCUGAAUUUCCUGAUGUUUCUCCCGCUUACAAACCACAUACUUUCAUGUUUAUACAACGACACCAUGCAGAUUUGGCAGAACGGAUCGUGGAAAUACUUGAGCUCCAUAAACUUGGAAGGCUGGAAGAACCACUCCAUCAAAAACGUGGUUUUUACGAAUAACGGUUUAACAGCUGUCAUGGCUGGAUAUUUACCGAACUUUAUAUUGUACUCGCUAACAUUCCAAAAGGUUACGAAAACUAUAACACUGCCGGAAUACAUCUUAUCGGUUAAAAAAAUUAAAAUGGCACCGUCGAACUUCGAGUGGAAAUGCAAUAAGACUCUAGUUAUAUUGUCGGGACAAGGGGUGGUUUAUUUCUACGAUUUGGAGUUUGAAAAGGUAACCGGAAAAUUGGUGGGCGAUUGCGAGAUUGUAGAAUUCAGUUUGUCCCCUAAAAGUUACUGCAUGACCGUUAUAUUAUCAACAGGAACAAUUUUCCUUUACAACAUAUCGCAAUACAUAGAAUCAGAAAAAAGUGCGCAAUGUGCAUGUCCAAAAGAUGUAAAAAAACGCAAAAUCAACCCGAAACCUUGCGGCAUUAACAUCGCAAACGUACAAAGCGAAAUAUGCUCGCUAUUGCCGAUGGACAAACUAAAACUGAUUUUGAGGGAGUACGGGGAAUACCCGAAACAUCACAGGUUAAUUAUUUGGGAGCAUAUUCUACAACUCCCCAAUAAUUCCAAACAGUACAACAAUAUCAUCAACCACAUAACGCUAGUUUCAUUUCCCGAACUAAACAAAACAUAUCCACUGAUAUCAGAACAAAAUUUGAAAAAUUUAAGGAUUUUAUUGAACAACUUGGUUACAUGGUGUCCAUUUUUUGCCAACGUCACAUAUUUGCCUGUAUUUGUAUUUCCCUUUCAAAGGGUCUUCCAAAAUAAACCGAUGCAAUGUUUUGAGACAGCCGCAACAAUAAUAUUAAACUGGUGCCAGCAUUGGUUUGAGUACUACCCCUUACCACCAAUAAACGUUCUAUCCAUAGUGGAAAACCUUUUGUUCGAACACGACCUGGAACUUCUCACGCACAUUUCCUCGCACAAAAUAAAGGCGAACUUGUACGUGUGGCCUUUGCUGGAGACGGCGUUUUCCGAGGUCCUUACUGAAAAAGAAUGGACGCAAUUUUGGGACCACGUCAUCACCAACGAAACAUCUUUUCUGUUGUGUGCCGCCGCCUCGUACAAUAUCGCACAAAGAUCGUCAAUUUUGACGUUGACUGCGGAAGAUGAAUUUACGUUUUUCUACCACAAUCAAAACGCUGUCGAUGUGAAGAAGUUGAUAUCGAAAACCUACUGGAUUUUGGACAAAACGUGCGUGAAACUUCACCCUCGUCAGUAUUUCGACGAUUUUCGUGGCAUCAAAACCGAUGGUUAUCCGGUUUUCAACGACUACCCCAAAACGGUCGUGGAAUUCGAAGCCAGCCACAUGAAUGUUAUCGGUAAGGAAUUAAAGGAGUCGAAAUGUUUCGAGGAAAUGAUAGUGAAGGAAAAAAUUAAGGAGUGGCAAAACCUGGUGGAAUACGAGAAGAAAGAUAUAGAGAACGAGAGGAGAGAGGCGAUGGAGAAAGCUUGCAUGGAAAGAGUGCUCCAAGAGCAGGAAAAAGUUAACGUACAGCACCGGAAAUUGGACAAUUUGAGGCGGUCUUUGAUGGCGGAGGAAAAAAACAUAAUGGAUUAUUCUCUGGGCAAAUUGAAAUCGAUCAACGAUAAAGAGCAAACGCGCAAGAUGGAGUUUUUGAUGGGCAACAUCCAGUUGGGCGAAAUAGCGGGAAAACGUAAAUUUAACCAGGCGGAGCAAGAGUUAUUAUGUCGAUAUUCGGACAUUCUCAAACACAAAUACACCAUAGCGGAGAUGUUUUUGAACGAUCCCUUACCGUCGACCAACGUGGAAAGUAUCGUCUUGCAGGAACAUCAGCGCGAGUUGGGGAGAGACGUGGACAAAUUCCGAAAGAGAAUGCAAAAUAAGGAAGAUCUGGAAACUCUAAACCUAACCACGGGUCUGCUUACAAUAGAGCAGACGAUACGAAAAGUGGAAGACGAAUUGGUAGACGAAUUAACGCAGAAAUACAAAAACUGCGACCCUCGCGCCGAUAAAAGACUUUUGCAGCUGGAAGCCGAAACUAAAGACCUGGAAAAAGACAUCAAGCAACUACUGAGGACGGUCAAAAAAAGCGACAGCUCGGAAAAUAAACAACGACGUAAGAAAAAAAUACGAUCCAUAGAAGAUGUUGUUGCCAGUAGAGAAGCCGGUUUAACGUUGAGGUCGAAGCGUUUGGUGGAUGGCGAGGAAUGCAACAUUAUUUUUAGUAGAAAUAAGUAACUAAGUAUUAAGUUUAUACCUUUUUAUAUUUAUAAUAAAAAUGUAGG